CUUAACCAACUGAGCCAUCCAGGCUCCCCAGGAAUAUUAACUUCUUAAUCAGCUGCAGAUUUUGAGCCAUUUCCUGAAAAACUGCUUCUGUCUUUAUCAUACUGGGCCAUUUGAAAAAAAAAAAAAAAACAACCAACUUGAAAACCUUCAAAUUUCCUGCUUGUGGUUGAGACAUUGGGUUGCUCCCUCACUGACGUGUCUCUUCAUACUUCUGUAAUUUUACUUUCUCACCUGAAUGCGGAUGAUAUUAGAUGGAGAUAAUGGACAAUGGUAUUUAUUUUACAUUUCCAUUGUCUACUGAACCUCAAACCCAGAAUAAUCGCAGACCACAGCAAAAAGUUUCUUCUUCCAGGUUCCCUCUCUCACACCGGGUGGCAAUAGUUUUGGGGCUUCUGAACAUCAUUUUUGUGUGUCUCCUGCUUGUCCAAUGGAUUCAGGGUUCCAGUCGUACCAGCUGUGCCAAUUGUUGCAGUUGUCCAGACCUCUUUAUGAAGAGUGGUAACUACUGUUACUACUUCUCACUGGAGAAAAAGGACUGGAACUCUAGCCUGGAAUUCUGCCUGGAUAAAGAGUCACAUCUCCUUGAGUUCACAGACCAACGGGAAAUGCGCCUGCUUCGACGGUUCCUCAAAAAUGAUUUUUACUGGAUUGGUCUGAGGAACAAAUCUGGCUGGAGGUGGGAAGAUGGGUCACCCCUAAAAAUCUCAAGCAUUGUUUCAAACAGCUUGAUCCAGAAGUGUGGAGCCAUCAACCAACACCAUCUCCAAGCCGCCAGCUGUGAAGCUCUUUUACCGUGGAUCUGUAAGAAGAGACCUCAGUCCAUGGAACAGGGACCCCAGCAAAGCGGUUUUCAUUGUUGUUCGUGAUCUUCAGGCAUUUCCAUGAUCUGUGAUAGUGGAAAGAAGAGAGAAUCAAGAUGGACUCGGGCCUCCUGAGUAGUGACUCUUCCAUCCCUCAGAUCUGGGUAGCAUACUGUCUAAGGAGGCCUGAUUGGUAUAGUGGGAAGUGAGAUUUAUUACUUAUAUGUAUCCAACAAAUAAUCCUAUGAACUAUGUGAAGUUUGACUAUCGGUGGCCCUUUCCCAAUAAAUGCAUUUUUCUAUAA